CUUAACCAAUAAACAUGAUGGCCUGGAGAAGGUUAAGUAUUGAAACCCCUCCCUCUUCAGGAUGCCAGCUGGGAGGAGCUGACGGAAAUUAAAGUACUCCAGUCCACAUCUAACAGAACUUUCCACUGUGCCUGCAGCCUGGACAGAGAGGAAGUAAGGACUGGUGUCAGGAGGGAGCUGUGAGGUUUUAUCUGUGCAGCCCUUCUCUGAGGAUGGACACUUCUCACACUACAAAGUCCUGUGUGCUGAUUCUUCUUGUGGCCCUACUGUGUGCAGAAAGAGCUCAGGGACUACAGUGCUACGAGUGCUAUGGAGUCCCAUCUGAGACUUCUUGCCCAUCAAUUACCUGCACCUACUCUGAUGGAUUCUGUGUUACUCAGGAGGCAGCAGUUAUUGUGGAUUCUCAAACAAGGAAAGUAAAGAACAGUCUUUGCUUACCCAUCUGCCCUCCUAAUAUUGAAAGUAUGGAGAUCCUGGGUUCUAAGGUCAAGGUGAAGACUUCCUGUUGUAAGGAAGACCUCUGCAAUGCAGCAAUUCCCACUGGAGGCAGCACCUGGACCAUGGCAGGGGUGCUUCUGUUCAGCCUGAGCUCAGUCCUCCUGCAGACCUUGCUCUGAUGGUCCUUCCAACGACCCCCACCCUUUUCCUUUUAUCCACAUGUGCCACAACUUUCCUGGAGCUCUCUAGUGAUGAAUUAUGAGUUAUAGAAGCUCCAUGGUGGGAGUAGUGUGUGAAAUACCAUGUUUUGCCUUUAUGGCCCUUGUUGGGUAGGUAGGUGCCCUAUUCCUCUCUAGGGCUUUCAAAUCUGUACUUCCUAGAAUGUCAUUUUGUUGUGGAUUGCUGCUCAUGACCCUGAAGGCACAUGGCCAGCACAGGGAAGAGGCAGAAGUCCAAGGUAUUAUGCUAUCACCAUCCACACAUAAGUAUCUGGGGUCUUGCAAUAUCCCCACAUGUAUCCCGAAUGUCUCCCUGUUGAGUCCAAUAAACCCUUUGUUCUCCCA